AUGGCGGCCACCACCACUACUUGCCUCCUCUUCAUUUUAGCCUUAUUGGCCAUAACGGCCCACGGAGGUCAAACUAGUACUUUUACAAGAACUUCCGAAGCUGCCGUCGACAUUCCCCUUGAAAACCUCCCUCCCCCUCCCGGCUACAAUGCCCCCGAACAAGUGCACAUUAUGCAAGGCGAUCACGAUGGAAGAAGCAUGAUCGUCUCAUGGGUGACCCCGUUGCUUCGCCACCCUAACGGGGUUAAGCAUUGGGAGGCGACAAACAACAGCACUCGGCUAGUAUAUGAGACAGUUGCCACCAUCACAUAUUACAGAUAUUAUAAUUACACUUCUGGCUACAUUCAUCAUGCCACCCUUAAGGAUUUAAAGCAUGAUACCAAAUAUCAAUACAAGCUCACCGGCAGCAAACAUGUUAGUCGUACCUUCUCCUUCACAACUCCCCCUACCCCGGGCCCUGAUGUUCCUUACACCUUCGGCAUAAUAGGUGAUUUGGGACAAACUUUUGUCUCCAAUCAAACGUUAGAACACUACUUGUCCAACCCUAUAAAAGGCCAAGCUGUUCUAUUCGCGGGGGAUCUCUCUUACGCGGAUCAUUACCCUUUCCACGACAAUAGGAGGUGGGACUCUUUCGCCCGUCUGGCCGAGAAGAGCACAGCCUAUCAGCCAUGGAUCAUCACCGUAGGCAAUCAUGAAAUUGACUUCCUUCCAGAAUUCGAAGAGUAUACUCCGUUCAAACCAUAUACGCACCGUUAUCGUGUUCCUUAUAGAGCAUCAAAGAGCACAUCACCAUUGUGGUAUUCAAUCAAACGCGCUUCUUCAUACAUCAUUGCCCUCUCGUCUUACUCCGCCUACAGCAAGUACAGUCCGCAGCAUAACUGGUUGGAGAAUGAAUUGACGAAAGUGGACAGAAACGAGACACCAUGGCUGAUCGUGUUACUCCACUCCCCAUGGUAUAACAGCAACAAGUAUCAUUACAUGGAAGGGGAGAGCAUGAGAGUGGAGUUCGAGCCGUAUUUCGUGAAAAACAAAGUCGAUCUCGUCCUUUCUGGCCACGUUCACUCUUACGAGCGAUCUGAGAGAGUGUCGAACGUGAAAUACAAUGUAAUCAACGGGCAGAGCACUCCGGUAAAAGAUGCGUCUGCUCCGGUUUACAUUACUAUAGGCGAUGGUGGAAACAUUGAAGGUAUUGCUAACAGCUUUACGGAUCCGCAGCCGGAAUAUUCGGCAUUCAGGGAGGCAAGCUUUGGGCACGCAACGUUAGAGAUAAAGAACAGGACUCAUGCAUACUACACUUGGCAUCGCAACCAGGACGCUCAAGCCGUGGCUGCUGACUCCAUCUGGUUCUAUAAUAGGUUCUGGUAUCCUCAAGAAGAGGGCAAUUAGCUAGCUAGAUCCAUGAUCAUCAUCAUAAUUUGAUAUGAUAUGC